CAGCUACCUGCUACUGCUACUCGUGUCAGAGAAUAACCUAUCUUAUUGUUGACAAAUGAUUGUCAACAAGAUGAUACCAAUUAAACGAAACACAGACUUAUGAAUAGUUCGAAGCAUAAUCAUAUAGAAAUACUUUAUUUUUAAAGAUAGUAUUAUUGGUAUUAUAAGAAUAUUAUUUCUUGUGCGGAAUUAGUUUUGUGAUUAAUAAUUGACAGAUGACAGAUAACCAAGUUAGCAAUUAAAAUUUAUACUUCCUGCUUUCUAAUGUUGUACAUAGACGCGAAUUCGUGUCUUUUGAUAAAAAUUGAAACAGAUUCAGUUGUUAUCACUAGAAGUGAUAUCUCCCUUUCAAGAUAUGUUUCAUGAUAAAGUCUAUUAAAUUCAUUGUAUAUGUGCUAUAUUUCUGAUUUCUGUAUUCACAAAUAAUAAUAAAAAAUAAUAAUCAAAAAUGCUGAACAGAGUUAAAUCAGUAUUGAUGAAUGUUGUGGGUGGAAGUGAACUUGGUCUGCAAUAUCCUACUGACUCAGAUAACGAAGCAGUAACAGAUUAUCUUAAUUUAAACAUUGUUGCAGAAGUGGAAAAUAAACCGUAUAGUAGACCCAGUUUUCUAGGAUUAACAACAGAAGAAACUCAAGUAAGUGCUGAUCAUAGGGUAAGACCAAUUAUAGUUCCAAGGGAUUUGAGUCGGUUACCAUGGUGUGCUGGCUAUGCAGAAUGCAUAAAUGCUGGAAAAAGCACAUGGAAUGAAGAUCAAACUUCUGCAACCAGAGGAGACCUCAAAUUAUCAGAUGUUAAUGUUACGUUACCUUAUGUCAUAUUCUCUAUGUUUGAUGGGCAUGCUGGCUAUCAAGUGGCUUUAACGGCAAGACUACACUUACAUAGGAUAAUCCUUGGAAGAUUAAUGGCAAUACCUGGCAAUAUGCUGCUAAAUGAAGAUGAAGAUGAACUGAUCAAGGGAAGAGAUUUAGUAAUUGGUGCUAUUGAAUUAGCAUAUAGACAAAUGGAUCAAAUGGUAGAAGCACAAGCUCAAGGAGGAGGUGGAGGUUGCACAGCAAUUACCAUUCUAUUUCUCAAUGGUAGAUUAUAUGCUGCAGGUGCUGGUGAUUCAAGAGCUGUAUUAGUUUUGGGAGACAGUCAGCGUGCAUUAACAAGAGAUCAUACCCCUGAUUCAGAAUCAAAUCGCGUCAGAGCAUUAGGUUUUCUAAGAAGUACCGAAUUAUUGAAAGGUCAUUUCACACCACUAGAAUUUAGAAAACGACCUUUGCAAAAAGAAUUAGGAUCUAUGGUUUUGUAUAGAGAACCUUUUAUGACUGGUUGGGCGUAUAAAGUCUUAACGCUCUCUGAUUUGAAGCUACCUCUUAUCUCUGGACAUGGUAAAAGGAGUCGUGUAAUGGGUACUAUAGGAGUAACGCGUGGUUUUGGAGACCAUGGCUUAAAAGCAGCAAGUACAGGAGUUAAUAUAAAACCAUUCCUAUCAUCACAACCCGAAGUGCAGUCUAUAAAUUUAGAUAGUUGUAAUCUCACAGAACGUGAUUGCAUUAUUGUAGCUACAGAUGGACUUUGGGAUGUUGUAUCAGAUAAAACAGCAGCAAAUAUACUUAGAAAGACACUUACUCCAGAUAAUCCAUCAUUAGAAUACAGACUCACAAUGGGUGCUCAAGAAUUGGUACAAGCAGCACGUGGUAGAUUAGUGGGACGAGCUUGGGUUGGUAAAUCAGAAAAUCUUGAAGAAACUGAUGAAAAGUUUUCACCUAUGGCAUCGGUUGAUGAUAUCAGUGUUUUAGUGGUACCGUUAUAUCCUUACUUGUGCGAACAUAAACAAUGGUUGAAAACAACACAACAAGAAAGAAGAUAUUCUAUGGAUUCAUUACACAUAUCAGUUAAUAAUUCUGUAUAAUAGAUGAUCAAAGCUAUAGAUAUUAAUUACAUUAUGUUUAAGUAGGAAUGUUACAGUUGAGAUCAAGUGUAUAUUCACGAAUUAACACCAUGAUUAAUCACCAAAAUACUGUUGCUUUUACAUUGCUUUUAACAAAUAAUAUUUAUAUAUAUUGAAUUUUUAAGCUAUCUAGCAGUUAUUUUAAGAGUGAUAAUUUAAUAUAUACUGCCACUUUAUAAAAGUGUAAUUAAGAAAUGCCAUGAUUAUUUAACAAAACAUUCCAAUUGUAGAGUGUUGAAUAUAAUGUAAUUUAAUUUUAAAUAGAACGCAGCACCCAAAGUAGAGAUAAAGUCUGUAUAAUUUUUAAAUUGUACACAUUUGUCAUGAAAAUUGUAAGGAAAGUAUCGUAAACAGAAUUUGUAUGAAGAUAAUCUUAUUAUAAACAUUCUUUGUUCUGAGUGAUUUUACCUGUCUAUCUUAUAUUUAUUUUCAAUUUAAAAUGAUCAAACUGAGAUAAAUAUAAAUUGUAGUUAAGCAGUUGAUUCAUGUAAGAUACUAAAGGAGGUAAGAAAAAGAUUUAAAUAUAUUUUAUCUCACCUUCGUA